CAGAGAGGAGAACUGUCUGUAUGUCUGAAAUGUGUUGCUCCACCAAACAUUGUCAGAAUUGUCUCAGUAUUCAUCUUAAGAAUUCGAUUCAAGUGUUCAGUACAAUGAUCUGUGAAAUGUUUGUAGAUCACCUUUAGAUAAAGCCAGACAUUGAGCAAGAAAAAGACAGAUGGACAUGGAAUCAUCAGCACUGAUCCUGGAUGAGGAUGUAGCCACACAGUUUGUGAUUGAACAGAGCCUGCUGGAGCACAGCAAACAAACUGAGUUACAGGGACACUCUGGAAGUGCACAUAGGAUUACUCAACAGCCUUCUGAACUGGACAGAGUCCUUACUGCCAUUAGAACAGGUGAUGAGGUAGCUCUUCGCAAUCUGACAGCCCGACAGAAAACCUUUUGUGAGGCAGACAGCAGAGGCUGGGUGGCUUUACAUGAGGCCGCCAGUCAGACUAACUACACACUCCUAGAGAUCACUUUUGCAGCUUCCUCGAGGGAUGCAGUAGACAAGCGCACGCACAAGGGAGAGACACCCGUCUUCCUGUCUGUGGAGAAGGGUCUGACUGAGAAUGCUUCAUUUCUCCUGGACAAGGGCAGCUGUCCCAAUGUUUUGGAUAAUGAGGAGACGACACUACUUGUCAUAGCCAUACAAAACAACUAUCAUGACAUGAUGGAGAUGCUUCUCUGUAUGGGUGCCAGCGUUAACCAAGAGGGAGCCCACCGGAGGGCUGCGCUGCAUGAGGCUGCUCGCUUGGGAAAGCACGACUUUGUGGAGCUGCUAUUGAAAGCUGGCGCAUCUCCUGACCCCCGGAGUGCCUAUGGGCUCACUCCUCUGGCCCUUGCAGCUCAGAUCGGACACAUGGCCAUCGUCCACACACUGCUUAAAAGAGGGGCUGAUGUUGGGUCCCAAGCACAAGACAGUGCCACUAUAUUGUUUGAAGCUGCAGCAUCUGGAAACCCAGAAGUAAUCUCCCUCCUACUCCAAUAUGGGGCAGAUCCUAAUGUGCCCAAACACACAGGGCAUCUCCCCAUUCAUAGAGUGGCUCAUCGUGGACAUGUGGCGGCUCUUGCUCUCCUCAUCCCUGUGACCACGUUUGAGGCUGUGGAUGAUAGCGGCAUAAGCCCUCUGCACUCUGCAGCUGCUGGGGGCCACACACAAUGCUUGGAGAUGCUGUUGUCUGCUGGCUACGACCCCAAUUUCAUGCUCCAUCCUUGGGUGCGCCGUAACUAUGACGACCAGCGCAAGUCUGCCCUGUACUUUGCAGUGUCCAGUGAGGACUUACGCUGUGUGAAGAUCCUGUUAGAGGCUGGCGCUAUGCCAAACCAAGAUCCUGUCAAGUGUCUGCAUGUAGCAUUACGGACGGGUAACCAUGACUUGAUCAACAUGCUGCUCCGCUAUGGUGCUAAUGUCAACUACGUAUCACGUGUCAAUCCCACACAUUAUCCCUCGGCACUGCAGCAUGCUCUCAAGGAUGAGGUUCUCCUGAGAAUGCUGCUCAAUUAUGGCUAUGAUGUCAAGCGAUGCUUUGACUGCCCUUAUGGUCAAGGGUCUCAUGUGCCUGUUGACUAUGAGGGCUGGACCAACACGGUCAUCAAGGACGCCAUGUUUUGUGAAGUGAUCACAGUGAACUGGCUAAAGCAUCUGACUGGACAUGUGGUGCACGUCAUGAUGGAUUAUGUUGACCAUGUCACCUUCUGCUCCAAACUCAAGGCUACUCUGGUGGAACACAAAGAAUGGUCAGAUAUCUGCCAGAUUCAAGAAAAUGUGCGGUCCCUUCAACACCUGUGCCGGCUGAGAAUCAGGAACUGCCUUGGCCGGUUGCGUCUCCGAGCACCUGUCUUCAUGAGCUUCCUACCUCUGCCAGACCGUCUUAAAGAAUACAUCCUGUACCGUGAAUAUGAUCUCUACGGACAAAGAAACAAGAUGAGGCAUGUGACAUGAACUCCUGAGCUUGACUGUUUAGCUGUUUGAUGUUUGCCGCUACCAGAGCACACUGUUUGUUUACCAUGCAUUUACAAAAGCAUUGGCAACACAAGAUGUGACAUUGAAAGCCAAACUGCUCCUGGGUGCUCAUGCCUGCAUGGUAAGGAACACCAUUGCUACCUCAGUGCCACAGCUCUUUUACAUAUUUCCCCAUUUUCAAUGUGCUCUAAUUCUCAACUAGCCUGACGCUGUCAUAGCCUAUACUCAAAAUUCUAGUCAGAAUUUGAGUCUGAUACUGCUCCAUUGGGCUGUGAUUGGGGGGGAAAUCAAUCAAAUGGAAAUACCUACAACCAAUCAGCGCAGCAUCUUUGUUGUAAACUAAUUCAACCGUUGAUCAUGUCCAUCAUUGUAUAAAGCCCGCCCUGACAAUUUGAUUUGUCCGAACAGCUCUGGUUCGAGCAUAGUUGCGCCACAACAGAGCAAUGCCAGACCGAACUUCCCGACCUCAAAUGUUGUGGGCAGGGCUAAGUUUGGCUGGCACCCAGGCAAAUUCUCAACAUUUCGAUGUUAAUUUAACACUAUGUGUCUAAAGAUACAAUGUUUGGUAAACCAAGGCAAGAUUCUUAGUUGUUUAUGAAGCGAUUUAUGUGAAAUAUUACUGAAAUUGUAUUUGACUGUUAUAGUGUUAUAGUGUUUUGUUGAUUGUUUACAUUACAUUCUGCUACAGCUAUACUGGGACAAGCACUGCAGCACUUUCUUAAACAAGGCAAAUUAUCUUCAAAAAAGCACCUGUUAUGCAAUGUUUGUUGUGGUGUGUCUGUGUUGCUAGGCAACCAUUCCACUAUAAAACAUUUAUU